AUGACAGAAUCUCCAGACCCCAACCGCAUCAUCAUAGAUGUCCGCGAAUCCCCCGAACUCUCCCAAACGGGCCACAUCCCAGGCGCGCAACAUAUACCUAUACAAUCCUCUCCAGACUUCGCAUUCCUCCCUGCUCCGGAAUUCGAGUCAAGAUUCGGCUUCCCUAAACCUACGAAGGAUCAAGAAGUAAUAUUUUAUUGCAAGGCCGGGGUUAGGAGCCGGGCUGCGGCGAAAUUGGCGAUCCAGGCGGGCGAUUUUGGAGGGAGGGUGGGCGAAUUUCCCGGCAGUUGGAUUGAGUGGGAGGGCAAGGGUGGGAAGGCUGAUCGGCCAGGAUAG